UGUUGCAAACCUAUUUGACUUUCUUUCUUAAGUGGACUACCACAAAGAUGUUAGGCAGACUGACAGUCUCGUUCUCCAUUCAGUUUCCUCAGACUGUUAGUCUAACGGUCUGCCUGGCAUCUCCUUUCGUGUUCACGUAAGAAAAAGUCCUGCAGAUUUGGAACAAAAAAACGGUGAGUAAACGAUGACAUAAUUCUUCUGUUUGGGUGAACUAUCCCUUUAAGUCGCUAGUAAAAUGACAUACAGUCAGCGGUUGUGUAUAGUCGGACUCGGUAAAUAAGUGUCUAUGAAGGGGUGACGUCAGAGGUGGAGAUGUCAUGGCGUCGUCGGAGCUGAGACUGGAGCUUGCCAUCUAGUUAAAGGUUGUCGUCGAUGCGUUCAGCGAAAUGGAGAAGAAUGGAAACCCUCAUCGAGACGCAGGAGGAAGUGUCCUGUGCACCGCUAUCCCCGCAGAGCCCGCGGAUAUCAAAACAGUCGGCGGAAUGAAAGAUGUCUGCGAGAAGAGAGAGACUUUGAGUACUUGUGCAAGUGCUAGCGGUGCUAAUGCUACACCCUGCACACAGACAUCAGAUGCUGCUGAGACAGUAAGCAAGAGCGGACAACCGAGCGCUUUACCAGAGACACUGUCGCCCGAUCCAACGGAUCAGCUGAGCAACGGGAUGGGCUACGAACCAUCGGCGACCGCCGCUGGGAAUAAGGAGGGUGGCACCUCAAAGUUAGUAAACAACCUCACGGGAGAUCAACCCGACAUCAAUACCGGGCAAGCGGACGGUUUGGAUGGAGCGACGCAAGAAGCGACGAAGCUGGCCAAGUCUGCUUUUUUGAGUUCGGACAAAGCAAAAUCUGCGAGCUCAAAUUCAAACGAUCACACCGUUUCCGAGGGUCCUCCGAGUGGGAGUGAGCCCAGCAUCGCAGGAGAGUCCCGCAGCUUUGAUUCACUGGAGUCCUUCUCCAAUCUGAACUCCUGCCCGAGUUCAGACCUCAACAGCGAGGGACUGGAGGACAAGGGACUGGCUUUGGCUGUUCAAGGUGAAUACGGGGCUGAGGGAACGAAAAUCCCCUGUUCUAAAGACAGGGUGACCGGUCAGUCGUUGUACCACAUCAAGUGGAUAAAGUGGAAGGAGGAGAACACGCCUAUCAUCACACAGAAUGAGAACGGGCCGUGUCCGCUGCUGGCUAUUAUGAAUGUCCUGCUAUUGUCAUGGAAGGUCAAGCUGCCGCCAAUGAUGGAGAUAAUAACAGCAGAGCAGCUGAUGGAAUAUUUAGGAGACUAUAUCCUUGAAGCCAAGCCAAAAGAGAUCUCGGAGGCUCAGCGGCUGAACUACGAGCAGAAUAUGAGUGAUGCUAUGGCAGUGCUGCAUAAACUGCAGACAGGUCUGGAUGUAAACGUUAAGUUUACAGGUGUGCGGGUAUUUGAAUACACACCCGAGUGCAUCGUCUUUGACCUGCUGGAUAUCCCACUUUACCAUGGAUGGCUGGUUGACCCACAGAUGGCUGAUAUAGUUAAGGCAGUGGGGAACUGUAGCUAUAACCAGUUGGUAGAGAAGAUAAUCAGCUGUAAGCAGUCAGACAACAGCGAGCUGGCCGGAGAAGGUUUUGUGGCAGAGCAGUUUCUGAACAGCACAGCGACUCAGCUAACAUACCACGGCUUGUGUGAACUCACUUCUACCGUACAGGAGGGAGAACUGUGUGUUUUCUUCAGGAACAAUCACUUCAGCACCAUGACCAAAUUUAAGGCCCAGCUGUACCUGCUGGUGACGGAUCAGGGGUUUCUCACUGAGGAGAAGGUGGUUUGGGAAAGUCUGCAUAAUGUCGACGGAGAUGGAAACUUCUGCGACUCAGAGUUCCAUCUGAGGCCACCCUCUGACCCGGAAACUGUGUACCGUGGUCAGCAGGACCAGAUCGAUCAGGACUACCUGAUGGCGCUGUCUCUGCAGCAAGAACAGCAGGCCUCAGACCUGGGCUGGGAACAGAUCCCAGAAGGCAUCAGUGAUCUAGAGCUGGCAAAGAAGCUGCAAGAGGAGGAGGACCGCAGAGCAUCACAGUACUAUCAGGAGCAGGAACAGGCACAGGCAGCGGCAGCAGCGGCUGCGCAGGCACAGGGACAACAACCAGAAGCGGGUGCCGACCAGGUAGAUAGACCGGCAGCCGCUGGAGCCUCAGCCGGGGGAGCCACGGCUUCUCCAAGCCCAGGAAAACAGCCCUCAACAGGAGAACGCAAACCCAAGAAGGAAGCCAAGGACAAAGACAAAUGCAUCUUGUUGUAACAGCAGUGGACUCUACGUGGAGUGCGAAACGGGCAGCAUUUUAAUUCCAGUGGCUCUGCAAUGCAUCUGCCAGCGUGAGGUGGAGAAACAAUAGGCGACGGAGAUGAAGUGUGACGGAGAGGACUUGCCAUUCUCAAGCCACUUGUGCCUGACUUUAACCCUCGGAGUUCUGAAGAUGCAGACAAGAAGAGAGGGGCGUCACUACAAGGACUAUCACUACAUCUUUCGUAGAGCUGGCCAAAUGUUCUCAGCAGGAAAACCACUGCAGUGCACUAUAUUUGUGUGGGGUCACCAGGGAGGGUGUUUUUGUAGUAAAACAAGGUAAUGUACACAUAGCACUAGGCAAAAAAGUCCCCACCCCCUCCAAAAAACAACAAAAACAAAAAAAAAAAAAAAACAUGGCACCACUUUUUUUUUUUUUUUUUUUUGUGGAUUUCCGUUAUUGCUGUUGUUUAUAAGCUAUUUUAUACCAGUUUACCCGUAUAUAUGCAUAUGUAGAUUUGUUGUAUUGGUCAGUUUCUGUUGUUUGACUGAAGGAUAUCUGAGAUCUUUUAAUGAAUGGCUGUUCACAUGAGCAGGUAGCAAGCCAAUCGGUCGCUUGGCAAAGGUGAUGUCUCAGGACAUGAUGUAGGCCACAAUAGUUCUUUGCCUGGCAGUUUGAUGCCAAAUUUUUCAUUGUCGAUAUUGUAGAAGUGACCUCCAUUUUAAAGAGUGAGCUCUUGAAGAAACAAAUGCAUUCAAAAAGGAUUUUCUUAUUAGGCAGUUGCAAUUAGAUAGAUGCGUCUACAAAAGAAUGAUUUUUGCCAAUAGGACUUAACUGUUAAUAUCAGUGAACAACUGACACUACCAUUAAUGUAAAUAGCUUUAAAAUAUCAAAAUCAGUAGGUUAUAUAAAAAUAUAUGGCCAAGUUUUUUGCUUCGCCCCACCCCUUUUACCUUUCAGCCAAAUGUCUGGUUCAUAUCUGCCUUAUAUGAUGAAGUAUACGAGUAGGAUCAUUGUCCAUGAAAUUUGGCAUUGCUCAAUGAACUGUAGUGUUAUUGCCCAAAAACAGAAUGGUUCUUGUAAAGAUAUCUCGUCUUUGAUCAUAAUGGUUUGUUUUUUUCAGCUAGUGGUCGAACGAUAUCGGUUUUACAAAGGACCGAUGUGAAUCCUGAAAUCUGACGAGCAGGUUGGCCGAUUGCUGAUAGAAAUAACAAGAGGAGACGUAAAACGUCUGUUGGUCGGCCAAGCGAACACUGUUAUCGCCCAAUGGCGAUAGACUGAAAAUGUCUGAACAUUGGCCGAAUAAACAAGCUGACUGAUAUAUCGGUCUAUCGCUAGGUCCUAGCUAUAAUUUUCACACUCUUUCAUGUACAUUGUACAUACUCAUAUACACUAUAUGGAUGUAAAGGUAGAAAAGGAUAACUUAAGCCCAUUCUGUUCCAGUGCUGCCUCCUGAGAGACAAGGUCUUUUCUAUCCAAACAUUCCAGCUAUAUGCCUUGAACUGAGCAUUGUACUGAGCUUUUGACUCAGAGAGGCACUAACGUUGGGCUUUUUUACCUGUUGUUCUGCUCUCGCAAUGCAAGAAUGAACAACUCCUGCAUGUAGUCGAGCACAUGACGGUGUAGUCAUCGAAAAGACGGUUUGGCCGGUGGUUACAUGGGAGCACAGCAGAUGCUGUUUAUGCUAGUCGUGGGCUGGAGCUGUUCAUUUGACGUUUGGUCCCUCUGUGGCCAAUACUCUCUGUAUAUAAAAAGCCUUACAAUAUUUACAGUAUCUUUUAUACCGACAAAAAUAAGUGAGAGGCAAGACUGAGACAAUCUGUAGACCCUACCAUAGACAGAAAACCGCACAGGCCUUCACAGAAGGAACAUAUCCAUGAGUGUCUUGCAAACAGUUUGACUUGUGUUAGCUUCCUUGGUAAUGGAUAUAGAUUCAAACUAGCUUUGUUAAGGCUCGUUUACACGAGAACCGUUAAAAAAGAGAGUCGCGAAAUGCGGAAGUACAUUAGUGGGACAACCAAGAGUUGCAUUUUUGACAUUUAUUUAAUUUAUGUAAUUUGGAUCAUUUCUAGUUACAUUAAUAUAGUCCACAUUACGGGAUUAUAUCAUUAACAUUAUGAGUUAAUAAUUACCAAAUAUUGCUGGAGUUUUUUGUUUUCCCGCUUAAACCCAUUCAAACAGGUUCAUGGCGCCAGUUUGUUUGGAACUGACGUUAUUGCGAGCUGCGUGAACCACGUGACCGCGAGACCACAGUUUGUCAAAACUCUCUUUUCAACUGCUCUGGUUCACACCAAGAACGAUAACUAUAUAGACCUUGGUCAGGAUAGCGUAUGUUUAAUUUCUAAAGUGUUCCAGUCCACAUAAAACGCUUAAUUACACUUGUAAACUGGAAAUUUUCUAGGAGCUCCUAUCUGUAACGUUACCUCCUGACCGCUGUUCAUUCAUUGAGGCGUUGGUAGUGUUGCCUUCCGAGUCCAAGGACGCGAACAGCUCCGAGUAGCACUUCACGUAUUGUAAUUUUGAAAUUUCUGCGAUUCAACAAAUUGUACUGUUGUUUAACAACAUACAGUGUUCAGCUAACAAAACGUCUUUCCAGGCCAAAAAAAAUUCAAAAACAAUUUUAAAAAGUUAUAGUCAGAAAAAAGUCCGAAGUCCGGCAUAAAAAAAUCGGACCGGUUUAAAGUUUUUGUGUUUUUCGUAUGUGGCUUUUUCUUUCUUUUUUUUUUUUCCUUCAAAAUUCGUCACGCACAGAACCUGAAGGUGUCACCUUGCAAAAUGCUUGCUACAAUGCUUAAAAUUUAACCCAAUCCUAUUUUUUUUUUAUGAUGGACGAAAGUUUCGGAGGCAGUGUGUUAACACGAUUGACACAACGUGAGGUUGUAUUCAUUUUUUUUUUUUUUUUACCGUGCAAGGACCUUGAGUGAGAAAUUUUUGCAUGCGUUUUUUCGUAUUUGUCAAAAUUCAUAAUGCACAGAACCUCGAGGUAUCAAAACACUUCUUAAAAUGCUUGCUACCUUUGCGAAAACGCAGAAAAAUCGAACCCGAUCCCAACUUUAUUAUGAUGGACUAAAGUUUCGGAGGCAGUGUGUAAAUCUGGUUGACACAACGUGAGGUCGUAUUUAUUUUGUAACGUGCAAACGUUUUGGAUGAGAAUUUCGGACUCAGUGUGCAAAGACCUUGAAAUUUUCGUGUGCGUUUUUUCGUAUUCGUCAAAAUUCGUCACGCUUAGAACCUCGAGGUGUCAAAACACUUCUAAAAAAAAAAAAAAACCUUACUACAGAUGCAAAAACUCAGAAAAUUGAACCCGAUCCGAUUUUUUAUGACUGAUGAAAGUUUCGGAGGCGGUGUGUAAACAUGAUUGACACGAUGUGAAGUCAUAUUUAUUUUUUAAUGUACAAAAAUGUUGGACUCAUUGUGCGAGGACCUUGAGUCAGAAAUGUUCGUGUUUCGUAAUCAUUAAAAUUCAUCACGCACAGAAUCUCAGGAUGUCAAAACACUUCUUAAAAUGCUUGCUGCAGAUGCAAAAAUGCAGAAACAACAUGUGACACAACAUGUGGUCAUAUUUAUUUUUUAAUGUGCAAAACUUUUGGACAAGAAUUUCGGACUUAGUGUGCAAGGACCUUCAGUCAAAAAUUCUCGUCUGCGGUUUUUCGUGUUUGUCAAAAUUCGUCAUGCACAGAACGUCAAGGUGUCAAAAGACCUCUCAAAAUGUUUGCUACGAUGCAAAAACGCAGAAAAUCGUACCCGAUUCAAAUUUAUGACGGACAAAAGUUUCAAAGGCAAUGUGUAAACACGAUUGACACGUGAGGUCAUAUUUAUUUUUUAACAUGUGAAAAUUUUGGACGAUAAUUUCGGAAUCAAUGUUCAAGGACCUUCAGUCAAAAAUUCUCGUAUGCGGUUUUUCAUAUUCAUAAAAAUUCGUCACGCACACAACCUCUCAAAAUGCUUGAUACGAUGCAAAAAACGCAGAAAAAUCAAAAUGACAUACGGAAGUGUCGGAGGCAAUGUGUAAACGUGAUUGACAAAACGUGAGGUUGUAUUUAUUUUUUUUUAACAUGCAACAUUUUCCGACGAGAAUUUAGAACUCGGGAAGGAACUUGAGUCAGAAAUUUUGCAUUGUGUAAACAUGAUUGACACUUGAGGUCAUAUUUAUUUUUUAACGUGCGAAAAUUUUGGAUGCGAAUUUUGGACUCCGAGUGCUAGGACCAGAUUGACAGAAAUUUGACAGAAUUGACGGAAGUCAGAAAUUUUCGUAUGUGUUUUUUGAAAUUAUUCCAGCGAUAUUGUUCCUCUGUGGAAUACGCAAUUCUUAUAGAAUUAGGAACGCUUAUGAAAACUUUGUAGUUAUCGUCCUUGAUAUGAACUUGCUAUAAACUUUAUAGUCCUAACUACCAUUUCAACCCCAAUUUGAGCAUUUUAAGAUAAAUCCUAACUAUUUUUUGAAGUUGUUGUUACCUGAGCUGAAUUAGUUGGCAUACUAAUAGUGUUCGGCAAGAAAGUGCACAUCAGUCUGUGUUAGUCAUGUUCUUAUCAUUCCCUAGAAGGUACACUAUAAUAACAUCUAGGGUUAGGUUUAGGUUACAAAUUCACACUAUGGUUUCACACUACACAGUCUAUAGAUUUACAAUAAUAAAGCCAGUGAGCUUCUUUCACCUCAGAAACUGUUGUCAUACGGUAGGAAGCACAAGCUAGUCACUAUAGAGUUGGGAGAAAGAUGUCUUAAAGGGUUGUACUGGGGUUGCUUUUCAUCAAACUUCAUUCUGUAAACAAGCGGACACUUGGGUUCAGAUUCAAACACUUCCUCUACUGUUACACUUGCAGGUCAGGUUCAAUAUGGACAUUCCAAGGUGCUUUUUGAUCAGUGGCAUGUCUGAGAAAGGAGUGAUUAAGGACAAUGUGCAACAGACUUCUCCAGCACACACACACACAAUAUGUACCCACUGUGCAUUAGCUUAUGUUGUUUGUAUUGAUUGCCAAUAACUUUAUUCUUCUGUAAUGUGCUUCAGCUUUAACCAUUUGCUUCUAAAAUGAUCUUGUUAAUUGCAAAUGUAUAAAUUGUCAUUGUUAGUGGGAUACAUAUUGAAAUGUCAUAUUUAUAGAAGGGGGAAAAGUGGAGUUUGUGGGUGCAGUCUCCUUAAAGAAAACACAAAGCCCAUUUUAUAGAGUAAAUAGGUUGAAAAUGGCUUGAAACUGUUUUAAUAUAUUUAGCUAAAGCUAUAUUUGAUUUCCAAAUAUUGGUAAAUAUUCCAAGGCCUUGUCUGCUUAGUUGGCCAUUGGUGUGCAGCACCCAUUGAAGCUCCAUUACAGGUCCUAGACUAUUUUAGUUCUUUAUGCACUGUUACAUUGAAUGCACUAGAUGAAAAAUAUACCUCUUUUUAUACACAAUUAGAACCUGAUUCAUAACACUCAAUAAAUAUCAUUUUUUGCAAUAAGGCUUAUAUUUAUGGAGCUUAAAGAACUGAACAUACUUUCUAAUGGUUCAGUUUCACCCAAAAUGCUGCCAUUUAGACACUAUGUUCCUUGCCCUUCCAAAAAGGAAAUGUUUGCAAGACUUCUCAUGAAUAUAAUUUGAUGUUUCAUAUCCUAGUGCCAUCAAGCGAUAUGGGAAUGAAAGCAACGAUGAUUAAAAAGAGAGCUUAUGACUGAGUUGAUCCAUGUUGACAGGGCAUUACCAAGGGUGAUACAAACUAAUGACGACUUCAUUUAAACGGAUAUUAAAAUGCCACACGGUGCACAUGCUUUGUCAAUGAUGGGAACUGGAAAGUUUUCUCCUGGUGCAUUUGUCUUGUCAAUUUUACCGGGUCAGUCCAUAAUGGAAAUGCAGUUGUGAUGCAUGUUCAACAGCUGAAUACAACAUGUACUUCUAAAUCAUUUUAAGAAACAGUCCCAUUGCAAUUUCUAUUUUAUAUCCUUUAUACGUGUAUAUUUACACAAAACAUUUUAACUUAGCAAAAGGAAAAAGAACAAAAAAAAAAAUCAGGAUAUUAUAAGGGUCAACCUUCUUUUGUGUGUAAGGUUCAUUAAUGACCAAAAACAUUUAUGUAGCCCAACAGUGUCAAAAAGUAGAUGGACAACUUUUCUGUAACAAAUGCCUUAGACGAGGGACAAUGUGUCUGAUUAAAGGAAAUCUGGUCCGUGA